AUGGCAAACCAGUGGCUCUCGUUGAUUUUAGCGGAUGAUGACAAACGCGACCGAAACGUCCCACAGCUAACCAGCAGGAUGGGUACCGAAGGCAAUUACGAAGGUAAGAGUGAGCACCAGCAGAUUCCAUCGACCGACCGCGGACUCGGACUCGCGCAUUCGACAGAGGGCGCGGGCGCAUACAUCAUGCGGGCGUCGAGGCGGGAGCGGGAGAGGCUCCUGGGAGGAGACGCCCCGCCGGGCGCCGGGGGCGGGGAUAAGAGAUGGUCUCCGUACGAAGUGGCGUGGGCCGCCGGCGACCCGUAUCGCACCUGGGCGGUACCCGGCUUAGCCGCGCUGAGCGUCUACCUCUUCCUCGAGGCGCAAACCUCCGAGAUGUGGAUCGCGCGGGGGGGCACGGACGUGGCGGUGUCGGGCAGAAAACCGUCGAGCACCGUCGCGUCCGUCAGCUAUAACCUACCGGACACGGUGCUCGAGCUCUUCCGCUCGAGGGAGCACCUGCUCGGCGCGCUCGUGCUCGUCUUCUCGGGCAUCUGGCCGCACGUCAAGCUCGCGUCCGCGCUCUUCGGCUGGUUCGUUCCGAUGAACGAGCGAACCCGGACGCGCUGGCUCUACUGGUCCGCCGCGCUCGCGUCGUGGUCGUUCUUCGACGUCGCCGUGGUCAUCCUGUGCUCGCUCUCGCUUCGGGCGUCUGUUCACGAGGACAUCGCGGGGUUAGCCAGCGCGGGGUUCGCCGUCGCCGUGCACCCGCUCGCGGGAACCUACUGGUUCUGCGCCGCGGUCGUCCUGAGCGCGUUCACGUCGCACACGGCCGUGACGCAUCACUCCCAUCUCACGCGAAAGCACGUGCGAGGACCCGACCCCGGCGAGACGGCGGUGGAGAAACGGCUGUACACCGAAUGGAACGCCGCGGGGACGGUGUACAAGAAACGUCCGACGGUUCGGUUCGCGGUGUACGCCGCGUUGGGAACGUGCGCGGCGCUGACGGUGUGCGGGGCGGUCUCCCCGUGGGCCACCGCGAAGUACCGCCUCCCGGUUUUCAACGACGACGUUCGCAUGAGCGAUCGGCGUAAGUGGACCGUCGUGAUUGAGGACUUCGCCGUUCGCGGUAACGAACGGCGCAUCGUCCCGAUCGCCAACGACGUGGAGGUCGCGACGACGAAGGCGUCGGUGGAGGCGAUGGUGACCCUCCUCGACGCCGCGGAUGAACUUCCGGAUGUUCCGUCGAUACCGGAUGAGUCGUGGUCGCCCUUCGACGUGGCGCGAGACCUCGCGUUUGCGCCCGUCGGGGACGGGAUUCGGUCCGACGACGGCGAGGGCGGGUGGAACGGGUUCAACCCCGUCGGGCAGUGGUUCCUAUCCGGCGUCUUCCUCGUCGCGGUCGUCGCCGCGCCGAUGGCUCGGCUCACCGUGCACUGGCUGUCGUUCACGUCGACGUGGUUCGGGCUGGUCGAACACGAUCGGCUGGUGCGUUUCGGCGCCGCGUGCGGCCGUUUCGGGGGCGUGGAGGUGACCUUGCUGGCGUUAGGCGUGAUGUGCGCGAGGAUGCGCGAGGCGAGCGAGGCUUUGAGCGAGCGCUUCGGCGGGUGCGUGUCGUUAACCGGGGGUUCGGGUUAUGGUUCGGGUAACGAAGACGGCGACGACGACGUUCAGUGCUUCGCCGUUACUCUGCGUUUGGAGCGGGGGGCGUGGAUCGCGCUCUGCGGGGCGUGCGCGUCCGGUGCGACGACGUGGGCGUUGGGUCGGCUACAGGAGAACGCGAGGGCGGCGGUGGUGGAGGGGGCUUUCGUCGGCGGCGCCGGAGACGACGGGGGCGCGUUGAUUUCGAAGGACGCCGGAGAGAGCGGGUCCGUUCAAGCGGGGUCCACGAGCCCGAGGGCGCGGAAGGGCGGCGGAGGGGGCACGCGGCCGAUCGCGGACGUCCGGGACGUGGACUGGAGCCUGACGUACGGCGGCGGAGGGGAACGGGUCGCGGAUUGGUGAUUUGAGUUGAGACGCGUUGAGACGAGAAGCAACCCGUCCAUUCAAAAAUUUCUCAG